AGAGACCGGUGGAAGGGGAGAGCUUGUCUUUGCUGCUCUGUGGGUUUUGGCACUUCGCUCGGCAGUGGGAGGGCCCACUCAGGGUGCUGACCUAAAACAAAUAGUGGGCAGAACAAGUUGAGAGAAGUUUGUGACAGCGGUUCAGAGCGUGUCGCAGCUCGAGAGUCGCGGCUAGCGGUGCAGCUGUUGCUCGGAUGGGGAAGAUGGCGCGGCGCUGCGGCCGUGCCACGUCUCGGUUUAGUGAAGAACACGAGAUUUCUGUCAGCAUGACAGCGACUGCAGCCUUUUUCAUCUGCUUGUGUCUCGCCUUUCCUCCUGCCGCCGAGGCCGGACUGUACACGGCUUCGGACCAGAUCGUGCUGCUGUCAGAGCAGAAUGUGGGCUCGGUUCUGGUUAACUCCUCCGCUGCUAUGGUCGUGGAGUUUUACGCGUCGUGGUGCGGACACUGCAUCUCGUUUUCUCCCAUUUAUAAAAAGCUGGCCAGAGACAUCAAAGAGUGGAAACCAGCAGUGAACAUGGCUGCUAUAGACUGUGCUGCUGACGAAAAUGUAAAAAUUUGCACAGAGUACAAAAUCAGAGGAUAUCCCACCGUAAAGUUCUUCCAUGCCAACUCAUCCGCAAAUUCAUUAGGGACGCCCUACAGAGGUUUUUCCCGUGAUGUUCGAGAACUUCGCCACAUGAUCAUAGAUAGUCUGGAGUCUCCUGGUGACCCCUGGCCCCCCGCCUGCCCUCCGCUGGAGCCCACCAGCGAAGCAGAGAUCAACAACUUCUUUGAAACCAACACGGUCCAAAACCUGGCCUUAAUCUUUGAAAAUGACAAAUCCUACAUCGGCAGAGAGGUGACCCUUGACCUGCUGCAGUUUGAGAACAUUACUGUGAGGAGGGUUCUGGACACGGAGGAACAUCUGGUGUCCAAACUGGGAGUGACAGAGUUUCCCUCCUGCUACCUCUACUAUCCAGAUGGGCAGUUUGAGAGACUCGUAGUCAAGUUUGAAGUUCGCACCUUCUACGUCUACGCCCUCCAGAGGCUGCCGGGUGUGGUGCGCUCAGGGAAACCUCCAUCCGUCUUCACAGAGCUCCUUAAGAACCGCACAGAAGAGCCCUGGAGAGAUUUCAACAGUUCCCGGGUGUACAUGGCAGACCUGGAGUCAGCGCUGCAUCAUUCGCUGCGUGUGGAGCUGGCUUUCCAAAGUGUCAUCAACGGACAGGCUCUGACUGCUCUGAAAGAUUACAUCUCUGUCCUGUCAAAGUACUUCCCCGGCCGUCCUGUGGUGAUGAACUUGUUAAAGUCUCUGAACUCUUGGCUACGGAACCAGAAUAAAGGUCCGAUUUCCUACAAAGCUUUUAGAGAGAGAGUGGAUAACACAGCACAGGUUCCAGAUGCUGCGUUGCCUGAGGGAGUGAGGUGGGUGGGCUGCCAGGGUUCACAACCCCACUUUAGACGUUAUCCUUGUGGGGUCUGGACCCUCUUCCACGUUCUCACUGUCCAGGCCAACAACAUUGGAGGCUCAGAGCCAAAGGAAGUGUUAAAUGCAAUGAGAAACUACAUCCACAACUUCUUCGGCUGCAGAUAUUGCGCAGAUCACUUUGAGAACAUGGCGAGGGAGGGUCUGGAUGUGGUGACUACGCUGCCGUCAGCAGUCCUGUGGCUGUGGUACCGUCACAAUCGAGUCAAUAACAGAAUUGCAGGUGAUUUGAGUGAAGACCCUUUCUUCCCAAAGAUCCAGUGGCCGUCCCCGGAAAUGUGUCCAUCCUGCCACACGGUGAAGAACAACGGAGAGCACAGCUGGAACGAGGCGCAGGUCAUUCCCUUCCUCGGGUCCCACUUCUCCUCGAGCCGCAUCCUAACAGAUUAUCUUGAGGAUGAAGACAAGAUUUUGGAAACGCAAAGGGCAAAACAUUCCCGUCAGCUGCAAGAGUCAUUGGCUCAAAGACAUGUAGAGAGAAUAGUUAGGGAAGCCUCAAACCCCAUUACAUCUCCGCCGCCAUCAUCUGUGCAAGAAGGGGUGGAAGACGAGGGGCUCCAAGAGGGAGAAGAGGGACCACAGGAUGAAACGGAGGCUUAUGAGGAGAACAACGAAGGUGGGGAGGAAAAUCCAGCGCCUGCAGCUAGUGACCGCGGCCACCAGCGGGCUCACCGGAUACCAAGCAUCAUCGGGAUGAGGCUGCAUCCGAGGAGGGAAGACAUCGUGGACCUCGACUCGUUUGUGAACCAGCAUUUCAAGGCCAAGGCUUUGCAACUGGCCGCUUCCAGCCUGGUUAAGCAACGCACCCUGCAAACAAAGGUAGAGCAGGAGCCCCGCCCAGCGUUCAACCUGGGCAUGGAGCUGGACGCAGGACUCGGCAUGGUGGGCCUGCAGCCAGUGGAUGAUUUCAAUGAGCUGAAUUCAAUUCACCAAGGAAAGGGGCUGAAAAAGCGAGAGCUGGCAGGGCAAUAUUUCAGGAGGGAGGCUGAGUUUGACCACAGAGGCCACUGGAUGUCUGUGAUUACCAUCGGUUUCUCAAAUCUAGACAUUAGCCUGUGUGUCAUUCUUUAUACCCUUUCUUUCACGUGUCUUCUAGCCAUGUGCGUUUUCUUUAGAAACCACCUCAGGAGACGGAGGUUUAAAUUCGCUCUGCCUUGAACUAAACGUGUAAAAAUUUCA